GGUUCUUGUUGUCAGCCUUUGAUUCAGGGACCUUCAUCAUCUGUUCAGCACCUUACACCCCUCUUGAAUUUUAUACAUUAAUCAGUAGCAGGGGGAUGGCUCUCCACAGCUGUUCUGGGUUGUUGUUGCACAGGGGCUGGGUGACAUACUGGGGAUCAGGAGAGCUAUACAAAACAUGGGGAUAUGUUUGCAGGGGGGAGAGAGAGGAGGAAUAUCUCUUUGUUGGUUUGGCAGUACAAGCAUUAGGCACAAUGCACAACAGAGGGACUUUUCUCCUUGGGAACAAGGUAACCCAAGCUCAAGCUGUGGAAGGAUCUUCUCUCAACUUACAUACCUGCCUGAAAUGUUGAGAGUUAAUUUUGGAUGAAGCGCUCUAACUAAAUUGUCGUCAUGAGCAGAAGCAAACGUGACAGCAAUUUCUACAGCGUAGAGAUUGGAGAUUCUACUUUCACUGUACUAAAACGAUAUCAGAAUUUAAAACCUAUAGGAUCAGGGGCACAAGGAAUAGUAUGUGCAGCCUAUGAUGCCAUCCUGGAACGAAAUGUUGCAAUCAAGAAGCUAAGUCGGCCAUUUCAGAAUCAAACCCAUGCUAAACGAGCCUACAGAGAGCUUGUUCUCAUGAAGUGUGUAAAUCACAAAAAUAUAAUUGGCCUGCUGAAUGUGUUCACACCACAGAAAUCUCUGGAAGAAUUUCAAGAUGUUUACAUAGUGAUGGAGCUCAUGGAUGCAAAUCUCUGCCAAGUGAUUCAGAUGGAGCUAGACCAUGAACGAAUGUCGUACCUUCUUUAUCAGAUGCUGUGUGGUAUCAAGCAUCUUCACUCAGCUGGGAUUAUCCAUAGGGAUUUAAAGCCCAGUAAUAUAGUAGUAAAAUCAGACUGCACUUUGAAGAUUCUUGACUUUGGACUGGCCAGAACUGCAGGAACUAGUUUUAUGAUGACGCCUUAUGUAGUGACUCGUUACUACAGAGCACCAGAGGUCAUCCUAGGGAUGGGAUACAAAGAAAACGUGGAUUUAUGGUCUGUGGGGUGCAUUAUGGGCGAAAUGGUUUGCCACAAAAUCCUCUUUCCAGGAAGGGACUAUAUUGAUCAGUGGAAUAAAGUUAUUGAGCAGCUAGGAACACCAUGCCCUGAAUUCAUGAAGAAAUUGCAGCCAACAGUGCGGACUUAUGUGGAGAACAGACCUAAAUAUGCUGGAUAUAGUUUUGAGAAACUCUUCCCAGAUGUACUUUUCCCAGCUGAUUCUGAGCACAACAAACUUAAAGCCAGUCAAGCAAGGGAUUUGUUAUCAAAAAUGCUGGUUAUAGAUGCUUCUAAAAGAAUCUCUGUGGAUGAGGCUCUGCAGCACCCAUACAUCAAUGUCUGGUAUGAUCCAUCUGAAGCAGAAGCACCUCCACCAAAGAUACCAGACAAGCAGUUAGAUGAAAGAGAGCACACAAUAGAAGAAUGGAAAGAGUUGAUAUACAAGGAGGUCAUGGACCUGGAGGAAAGGACCAAGAACGGGGUUAUACGUGGACAACCAGCCCCUUUAGGUGCAGCAAUGAUCAAUGGUUCACAACAUCCGUCGUCUUCUUCAUCUGUCAAUGAUGUGUCUUCAAUGUCAACAGAUCCAACAUUGGCCUCUGAUACUGACAGCAGUCUGGAAACAUCCGCUGGACCUCUGGGUUGCUGUAGAUGACUACUUGGUCUUUUAGGGGGGAGGGGAGGGGAGUCCUUUAGUAAUUGAUAGGGCACCUUUAAGAAAAUCAGUGGUAUUAUUUUUGAGUGUUUUUUCAAAAAUAAUUGUAGGAUUCAUUUUAAAGUGCUGUAAUUUUAAACUGUAAGUUGUGUUAAAAGCAGCCACAAAAAUGUAUUUUUUUUUUUUGCUGUAAUUAACUCUGUAAAAUAUUAAACCUGAUAAUUUUAUCAUGGUUUUAAGAAAUCUGCAUAUUUGCUUUACUAUUAUGCUGCUGAACUUUUUUUUACUGAAUUUGUAAGAUUUGUUUGAUCAAAGCACACAUUAAUGUUGUCUCUGCCGUAUCAUGUAUUAUUUAAGAUUUUAUAGGUUUUUCAAUUUUUUUAUUAGAAUUUUUUCCAAAUAUUUUGUUCAUGAUUAUCCUUCAAAGUUAUAUGCUUGGUCACUUGUCUUACCCAUGUGGAAGAGAAAUAAUACGUUGUAGCCUGUCAUAGCUUUGGGUAUAGCUACUGUAGUGGUAGCAGUAAACACAGAAUCCUUUAAUUCUGUCUACUUGCCUAUAACAAUUGAAUAAAAGCAGCAGUUAGUGAGUUUCAUUAGGGAAACCGUUUAUGACCCAUGGCAAAGUCACCUCAUCUGAGAGGCAACAUAAACAUAAAGCAAAGCAUAUCUUUAUAGCUGCAGAAGUAUCCAGCCUGCCAAAAGGGUAUGGUGGCAGAACUGUGGCAUGCUGAAGCUUAUGAUCUCAUAAAACAAAAAGAGGAUACUUCAUGAAUAAUACGUUGCAAUGCAAAUAAACUGUUUACUUCUUCUAGCUGUUAGCCUGUUUUUGUACACAAAAAACAAGGUAGGCCCAGGAUAUCUAGAUUGCCAACAGGGAAAACUAUACCUGUAGUUAUACUUUCACAGAGCAUGUGGUUCUUUGGAGUUUAAGUUCCUUAUUUUCUGUGUUAGGAUAGAGCAGUUUUGUGUUGGGUGUGUGUAUAGGAAACCCCAUCUUUUUGACCACUCUUUCUUCACCCAGAGUAACUUAUUCCUGUAAACCAAUCACUGGUGGGAGAACCUCAGGUUGUAAGAUUUCUGUAGCUAAUGCAUUAAGAGAGCAAUAUAUGCCAUGGUAAAAAUGGGGGGAAAUAGCAGUGCUGGAUAAAUCGUUUUUCUCUUUCACUUCACUGUCAGACCAGCAUAGCAGAAAUCUUAAUAAUGGUUCUUUUUAAGCCAUGAAUGUUCAGUAUCUUUCAGCAUUGAAGCCCCAGCUGUCAAUGCUCUUUUUUUAAAAAAAAAAAAAAAACAAACAUGUAGAUCACUUGCUAAGUAGUCAUGUAAAAUGGUGCUGCUCCUUACAGAAGUAUGUUAACUGUUUACAUUUUAUAUUUACAGAAUGAUUUGUGUGUAACUGACUGACUUUGUUUAUGAAUGAGUAAAACAAUCAUCCGGAGUUUAUUCCUUUGAAAAGUGCAGAUUUCUCAAGAACCUAAGCUAUAUUGAUUGCCUUGUGAAGAUAAAUAUUUUGUGUAGUGAAUUAAAAUGUGGAAAGGGAUUUAAAUUAGUGACACCUACAGAAAUGAACUUUUAAACGAAAAGCACAGGAGUCUUGCCAGGCACAAAGCUGAAGAGAGUGUCUAGAAAUAGCUACUGAGAUCAUCCAAGAAUGAAACUAAUGCUGCUCAAUGUCUGGUCUUUUAGAAUUUGUUGGAUAAAUAGAAGAAAUAUCCUUUUUUAAAUUUAUAAUUGGAAGAGGGAAAAUUGCCUUUACCCACUUUAUCGUCCCCAAUUACGUUUUACUGUUUUCAAUAUCUAACAGAAAUUAGACUUUUUAAAAAAAUAAAAGAAGGGGUUGCAAGAAAUAGUAAUGUCUCAAAGAAAGCUGACAGUCAGUUGUUGAAGUGCAAAGUUGUAUUUUCGCUACCUGGCUAGACCACUGGUAAGCGAUAGCGGUGUGUAGUUUUGCUGUUCUCACUUAUAUCUGAUAUUUCAGUAGUGAGCUUUAAAACACACACUUACUAAGGCAAUUAUUUUUACAGAACCCCGCCAAACUGUAUGUUACCUAAAAGCUGAUAGGCCAUACAAUGGGGAUUGGAGUAAAGCAUACUUUUUUUCUUGUUGUAUUUGGACCAACAGGGCAGUUUAUUUUGUGUCUAUCAAAUUUUCAACUGUGACAUAAAGCCAACUGUAUUUGGUCAUGUAUUACAGGAUAACAUCAUUAUAUAGGCCAAGAUUAUGUUCUGGUACACUGGUGUAUACAUCCAGAGUAACUCAGUUACAAGUAAUGAAAUUACUCCUGGUUUAUGUCAGUGUAACAGAGCACAGUUUGGCCCCAAUCAUUCUUGUUUUAGCUGAACUCUGGAAUGGUAGUCAUCUCUGGCACACACACACACACCCCUCGUCUUAGAUUCCAGUUCACUUAAUUGCUCUUAUUUAAGUGCUCUUAAAUGAGUUGUAGUAAGACAUUUUAUUGGCUCCUCCUCCUCUCCCGCCCCCCCACCCCCUCUCCCAUCUUAGAUUUCUCUAGUGCUCCCCGCAGUAGGUACCGGAAGUGAAGAGGCCAUUUAUAGAGCAAGAGACCACUUCAGUCAGGAUGGGGCAUACCAGCACCCAUAGUCCUCCUGGGUCCCACCUUUCUAAUAAGUAUCCAGAUUAUUGCGGUCUGUAUCUUAUGCAAAUUAGGUGCCCAUCACAGGCUCCUGGCAAAUUUCCAGUGAAGCCCGCUCAGCCAGGCCAAGUUAGGGCUCUGCAGGUCUAAGCCAUUGCAACAGUUUGCUAGUCUGAAUUCUCUUUUUAGUCAGCGAAAUUCAUUUUAUAUUUCAAGGACAAUUGCAUAUGGAUGCAAACAAUAAGCAGGUGGCUAGCUAGAACUGUCCUGCUUGUUCUUUAGAAUUGUCCUGUCCAUUGCUGUUCUCACAUUAUGUCUAAUAUCCAAUACACGUUAUAUUUCUGAUGUGUUAAGUAUCAUUGAACUUGGUUUAUUAUUUUGAUAAAUAGUUCCAUAAUGUUUCCAUCCCAACAGUCUGUGCUAAAAGAUACACAGCUUUUCCACCUCUGGGCUAGACUGCAGCUGGAAUCCUAGACUAGUAGUGAACGAAAGUGACCCACAUCUAAUGUCCUAUGUCAAUUGAGGUGGACACCUGCCCACUAAGAACUGAAUGAAUUCACGCUUUCUGGCUAGUUGCAACAAGUCCCAGGACUGAACAGACAACUCCUCCUAGAAGUGGGUCCUUCCAGGUCAGUAUUAAACACACUGGUGGGAGAAGUUUGUACUGUCUUUGCCUGUGCUUCUACCUGUUUUGUGUGUUGAGGACUUCACUCAGUGCAACACAAGGAGGCAGACUGUCUUUAGCUAUCUUAUCUUAUAUAAACUUCUGUGUGCUUAAAUCAGCUAAAGUCCGUUUAAAUCACACAACAAUACUGAUUGGUUUAAUAACCCUGUAUGCUAACAUGGUUAGGCCCAGUCUCCACCAAUUAGCUCAUUCAGGUAAAUGGCCCAAUCUCUGAUCCAGGGUAACUUUUCCAGCUUGGGGAUCUAAAUUAGAAGAGAUUUUGCUAUAUAUGGAAUAGCAGCUUUCAUGGUAUAAAUCCCCACAAAGCAAAAGAAUAGCUGUACAAAUUAUCUAUAAAAUGUCAAGGAAUUUGUUUAGGAUAGAGCAAGCCUUGAUUUUACAGGUUAUGGGUGACAGUGCCCUCUACUGGUAUACUGCACAAGUAAGUAGAACAAUGAAGUUAGAUGUGUAGAUUUAUGAUAGCAGCGUUGGCCCCCAGACUAACCCAUUCCAAGUUCGAAUGCAAGAUCUAAGCACCUGACAGGCCAGUCUCUAGUCUACACAUGACUGUGCUGGUCCCACAUUAAACAUACAAUGCACCCAUCUCAAACUUAGAUACACUCCUAUAAACCAUCAAAAAUACUAGUAGUACACAUAAACAGUGUUAUACGCACUGUCAGUUCAGAACAUUUGGGAGGAAGAGAACAUUCCAGUUUGUGUCUGGUUUUCAUGACUUGAGUCGCUGAAGUAGUCCAGGAUGGACUGCCAAUAGCUGAAUAUUUUUCUAACCCGCUUUAUAGCGGUUUCUGUUGUUGUGUUAGGUCUUUGUAUAUUCCCAUUAAUGUUUCAGUUGACCUACCUUUCCCUACAUAGUUAUAAGUAAGUUGGAAGACUGGAGAAUGGAGAUGAAUUAGAAGUCAUCUGCAUUUUUUCAAUAAGGCUAGAGGUUCCUAUUGGAGGAAUAUGUUGUAUGUGUAACUCUUUUCAAACUUUCCAGCUCACUUAAUUGCUCUUAAGUGCUCUUAAAUGAGUUUCAGUAAAACAUUUGAUUGGCUUCUCCCCAUCUUAUUUUUCUCUGCAUUACAGAAAUUUUCUUUGAAUAAAGUUAACUUCACACAUUUCCACUUCCACUGCUAAAAGUGAAACUAGUUUAUUAUGGAACUACCUCACACAAACUUUCUGUGCUUUCUUGAGUAAACAGAGCUAACCUUCACUAUUGGAUCUACCCUGAAUGUGAAACAUAAAGUACAUUUCCCUUUUUAAAAAGCCCAGCCUAUUGGCCAAUGUUGAGACAAUAUCCGUAAGUAUGUAUCAUGUAUACUUCCCGUACGAUGUUCAUGUGUAACAUAUAGCUCACAUACAAUAAUGUACAUCCAGAAAAUUGUGUUAGAUGUAAAUUGGUGACUCUAUUAUUGUAGUCUGUUUUUUGUAGGUAAAAAUAACUUAACUAGUAAUAUCAGUCCAUCCUUUACAUUUUACAAAAGGAAUAAUUCUUGGUAAGCUUUGCAUACAGAUGAAUUACUUUUGUAGGCCCAAUAUCUAGUCUAUUUUUGAGAGUUCUUAAACUUUUAACUUGUUACUAAAGUUGAGCAAAACUGGCUGAAUUCUCGUGAUCGCUCCUCCUGCCCCCUUCAAUGUGGAUAUGGAAAUGUAUUCUGUCCUGGGAAGUGUGGAGGGGAAGGACACACCUUUUAAAUAUGGAAAAAUGACAGUUCGUUUUCUUUCCCAUGUGCCACCCUCCCCUCCCUCAUUCUUUUCUACCCCUUCCCAAUAAGCCACUGGUGGGGAAAUACUGAGAUCAUUGUGGUUUUUAUCAUCUAUGCCAUCGGUCAUGACACGUGCACCACUGGAAUGUAUACAUUGUUAUCUAGUAUGUCAAUUGGUUAUAAUGAUAUUUUAAAUAAAAAAGGAUAAAAAGUUGUUUGAUGACCA